UGCCUCGUGGGACGAUCAGGCACUCAAUAGAAAGGACACGAUUCAUAGGCAUAAGACACGCGCUGCUUAUUCACACUGGUUUAGAGCUCUUAUAGGUCGCUGAUUUAGAAAUACAAACUUUGGGCAUUGAUUAUGCAUUGUGUUAAGACCCUACGGGCGUCCAGAGCUGGUAUUUUGCUCAUUAGGAACGCUGGAAAAUGGGAGAGAGUUGCGGGAAAUUUGGACAGAAGACACUCACCUGCUCGGCUGCUGCACACGAGCGCAUCUCCAGGCCAGCAUCCGCGCCAUCAGCACGUGAUCACAGAGACGGACGCCGCAACGUACAGAAGUAAUAAGGUGGUUGCUGGGUUGGAGGACCUGUUGUUCUACACUAUCACUCAGGGAGAAGAGAAAAUCUCAGUGGCGCGUUUCCUGGCUGCACUCAAAAGCACAGGCUUGCUGACCUCUGACCCCCGGUUGAGAGAGUGCAUGCGGCAGAUCCACCAGGCUAUCCAAGAGUCUGUUGGAACGGCAAUGAUGGACCAGGAACUGUUCAGAAAAUGUGUUGGCAGUAACAUAGUCCUCCUGACUCAAGCUUUCCAAAGGAAGUUCAUCAUUCCAGACUUUGAGUCCUUUACCUCCCUCAUAAACCAUCUGUAUUAUAAUGCACAGGCUCAGAAAGGAGGGAAAGUUGCAAACUACAUCCCUCAGUUAGCUAAGUUCAGUCCGGACCUGUGGGGAGCUUCUCUGUGCACAGUGGAUGGUCAGAGGCAUGCUAUAGGAGACACAGAUAUGCCAUUCUGUCUGCAGUCAUGUGUGAAGCCACUGGAGUAUGCGCUGGCUGUGCACGAGACUGGCACUGAACUUGUGCACAGAUAUGUGGGGAAAGAACCAAGUGGCCUCAAAUUCAACAAACUCUAUUUAGAUGAAGAAGAUAAACCCCAUAAUCCCAUGGUAAAUGCAGGAGCCAUUGUAAUUAGCUCUCUCCUAAAGCCUGGUUCCAACAAGGCAGAGAAGUUUGACUUUAUGAUGGAUUAUCUGAACAGAAUGGCUGGCAGAGAAUAUGUUGGGUUCAGUAAUGCCACUUUCCAGUCAGAGAAAGAGACCGGUGACAGGAACUAUGCGAUUGGCUAUUAUCUCAAAGAGAAAAGAUGUUUUCCCAGUGGAGUUGACAUGAUGGCAGCCCUUGACUUCUACUUUCAGCUGUGUUCUAUUGAGGUGACAUGUGAGUCUGGUAGCGUCAUGGCAGCCACAUUAGCUAAUGGAGGGAUCUGUCCAAUCACAGGCGAGCGUGUGCUCAGUGCCGAGGCCGUCCGCAACACUCUCAGUCUCAUGCACUCAUGUGGCAUGUACGACUUUUCCGGCCAGUUUGCCUUUCACGUGGGUUUGCCUGCUAAAUCUGGGGUGUCUGGUGCCAUGCUGCUCGUGGUUCCUAAUAUCAUGGGGAUGAUGUGCUGGUCUCCAGCUCUUGACCGUGUUGGCAAUAGCAUCCGAGGCAUUCACUUCUGCCAGGAGCUAGUCUCCCUCUUUAACUUCCACAACUAUGACAAUCUGAGACACUUUGCAAAAAAGUUAGACCCUCGCAGACAGACAGGCCACGAGAGGAACAAGUCUGUGGUGGAUCUGAUGUUUGCUGCUUAUAGUGGUGAUGUUUCAGCUCUCAGGAGAAUCGCUCUGUCUGCAGUAAAUAUGGAAUUGACUGACUAUGAUACCCGUACCUCCCUACAUGUGGCCUCAGCAGAAGGGCACUUGGAUGCAGUCAAGUUUUUAACACAUACCUGCAAAGUCAACCCAUAUGCAAAGGACAGAUGGGGGAACACACCUCUCGAUGACGCUAUGCAGUUUGGGCACAGCACCGUGGUCAAGGCACUACAAGAGUACCAGAGCAUUUACACACACACACUAAUGCCCGAGGAGCUCAGCGCAGACACGUGUCCCGAUUCCACCAUGGACGCAGACGAACUGAAGAGCAUGGAGACUCUGGAUGGUUUAGUAUGAGCGAGAACUACCAUGAACAUUCCAAACUUCAGUCUCUCAUGACUUCAGGGAAGCAUGUGGGUGUGAGAUUUAUGACAAUGCCCGUGUAAGGACAUGCUGAGCAGGUGUGCGCAGGUGUUACCGAGAUGCCGAGUGCUUCAAACCCAAAGCUCUGCUAUAUGUAGACCUCAGCUAGCUUCUGUUGAUGGUUUAAGAUGGUCAUUUCUGUAGUCUCUCAAACCUCCAUUCAAUCUACUGUGGGAUUAUGGAACUACUUCCGGGUCAUUUCUGGUACAGGUCCUCAAGGACAGUUUGGUUUGUGCUUGGACCAAUUUAGAAAUGCAGAAGCUUCCUUUCCCUUCACAUUUAUCACUGCAGAAGGAUUUUUAUAUUAAAACACAUCCUUAACUGGAAGGUUAGCCAGUAACUAGGAGCUGGAUUCUCAAAACUUCCUUCAGAUUAAAAUUCUUCUUAACUACUAUUUAUACUAGCAAACUAGUAUACAACCAUAAAAUAUAAAAGGCUGGCAUUUUAAGAAAUGUUGCUCUUGAAGAUGUUCUUAAGAAAAUAUUUGAGAACUUAAGAACUAUUCAAGAAAUCACUCAUACCAUCUUUUAAACCUUUUGGAAUCUAUCCUAAGCACUUUUCUAAGCACAAAGAUUUUCGUGAAUCUGCCUUUGGCUUACGAAGUACAAAGUGCAACUGUAAAUUUAGCAGGCUAUCUAUCAAGAAAGGCAUGCAUGCACAUUAAAAAGUAGUUUAUUUAUGAGAGAACCAUACUGGAAAUGUCAUUACCUCAUAUUACCUUUAGGAGGUUAGCAAGUCAGUAUAAUGUGAACUUUGGCCCAUUUGUCUGUAUGGCAAAGCUUUCCAUGUCAUUUAGAUUAUUAAUAAUCUUUGGCUUAACAUUAUGAGAACGUAUUUGUAUAUUUGUUCUAUUUUUAAUGUUUGAAUUUCUUAAGCCUGUUUAUAGACUUUUUUUUGUAAGGUAUUAUAUAAUUUAAAAUACAUUAUUUUAAUGUAGGGCACAAAAGCUUUAACUGAACCUGCUUGGGAAGCAUCUGGUGCGUAUUUUGCCAGAAAUGAAUGUAUUUAAAACUUGGUACGUGGACACACUUUAUUGCUGGAUACAAAACUGUAAGUUUUGAGAAAAAAAAAAAGAAAGUUCAUAUAGUUAAAGGAGUGUAUUUGUUCCAUAUAAAAGUGAAAAAGUGUAAGAUGGACAGAAUGACAUGAAACGAGACAAGAAAAAAAUUAAUGUAUAAACUGUAAAUAAAGAAUAUCACUGGUGAA